AUGGAAACUUCCACCGCCCCAAAGGACUAUGACAUGACCACAGAAUACAACUAUGGGGACACAACCCCAUGCCAGAAGGUACAGGAGAGGGCCUUUGGGGCCCAGCUGCUGCCCCCCUUGUACUCAGUGGUAUUUGUCAUUGGCCUGAUAGGCAACAUCCUAGUGGUCCUGGUCCUCAUGCAAUACAAGAGGCUCAGAAGCAUGACCAGCAUCUACCUCCUCAACCUGGCCAUGUCUGACCUGAUCUUCCUCUUCACGCUGCCCUUCUGGAUUGACUACAAGCUGAAGGAUAACUGGGUUUUUGGUGAUCACAUGUGUAAGUUGCUCUCUGGGCUCUAUUUCAUGGGCUUGUACAGCGAGAUCUUCUUCAUCGUCCUGCUGACCAUCGACAGGUACCUGGCCAUUGUCCAUGCUGUGUUUGCCCUGAGGGCUCGGACCGUCACCUUUGGUAUCAUCACCAGCAUUGUCAUCUGGGUCCUGGCCAUCUUGGCUUCUGUCCCGGGCUUGUACUUUUCCAAGACCCAGUGGGAAUUCACUCACUACACCUGCAGUCUUCAUUUUCCUCCUGAAAGCCUAAGAAAGUGGAAGCAGUUCCAGGCUCUGAAACUGAACAUCGUGGGGCUGGUGUUGCCUCUGUUGGUCAUGGUCGUCUGCUACACGGGGAUUAUAAAGAUUCUGCUCAGACGACCAAAUGAGAAGAAGUCCAAAGCUGUGCGUCUGAUUUUUGUCAUCAUGAUCAUCUUCUUUCUCUUUUGGACCCCGUACAAUCUGACUGUGUUUGUUUCUGCUUUCCAAGACUCCCUGUUCACCCAUGAGUGUGAGCAGAGCAGACAGUUGGAUCUGGCCAUACAAGUGACGGAGGUGAUCGCCCACACACACUGUUGCAUCAACCCCGUGAUCUACGUCUUUGUUGGUGAAAGGUUCCGUAAGUAUCUACGGCAGUUGUUCCAUCAGCUGGUGGCCAUUCGCCUGGCUAAAUGGCUCCCCUUCCUCUCCACGGAGAGGCUGGAGAGGGUCAGCUCCAUGUCCCCCUCCACUGGGGAGCAUGAACUCUCUGCUGGGUUCUGA